GCAUGCGACCCAGAGUUCCGGUUCCCAAACUGGGCAUAUGUGCUCACAACCAUUCUCUACUGCAACUCUAUCGCUUUGAAUGCUGUCAUCUAUGGGAUCUACAGCCCGGAAGUUAGGCGAGGAUACAAGUCCGUGGCGAUGAAACUACUCGGAAGGGACAAUUUACCCGAUAGGAGUAUCUCCGUCAUCGACGCACCCCACACCCCAUCUUCCGAGGACAACGACAUGUCUUGGCGCUCAGAGAGUAUAGCAGUGACGUCAUGGCGCUCGACGGAUACCAUCAUCUCUGACGUCAGCAUGGAUCCCGAUGUCAGCAGGAUUUGAAAAAGACUUAAAAUAUCAGGACUUCUGUAACAUUUUCGAAUGCUGUGACUUCACACUACGGGCGUGUGGAAGACAUGGCGAUGGAAGAGUGCAGCUGACAGACAUGACAAACAUUAGGGAAAACUUAAUGAAAGACAAAGAUUUGCAUCAAUAUUCUGGGAAAUUAAAUGUUUAUUGCUGAAAAAGUCAUGUCUCAUGAAUCGCACAAGAUUCGUGGAAACAAUUAUGACAACCCAAAUUUCCGGAAGGAGAGACAAGCGACCGAUCAUCAGCAACGGGAAUUCGGUGCCUCACAUACAUGCACCCGAAAAUCCGACAUGCGGAACGUUUUAAUUGAUUCUCAUCGAGCAUUUCAUGACCCAAAUAUUCUCCUAAGCGUUCAGCCCCAGGUCAAGUUGAGGAAAUAACAGUGUAUUGUCGGAUUCAACUUGCUUGUCAUCCAAAUCACAUACUUAUACAAUACUUAUAUACAAUUUUGCUAUGAGCUUUGAGGCUGUGAGCAGUGUCGGGUGUGCAUGCUGAUAGGACACACGUCUACUAAGUGAAAGACGUCUCAUUUUGAGAUUGAUGAGCCGAAAGUGGGAUGUGAAGAUUGCCCAAUGUGACGAGAGGUCGACAGAGAAAUUAAUAUUCUGUCUCAUUUCCCUGCACGCGAGGUGAAAUAGUGUGGUGAGAGACCGUAAAUUGUGUUGAUACAUCGAACAAACCGAGGAAACUAAACCGAUUUGAAGCUAUAUUCACUGGCUGAGCUAGCAACUGCUGGCGUAGACCCUCCCGUGCGACGCGAGGGUCCCAAAAAGGCCAUACCGCGUUCUGUCAAGAAGUGACGGUGUGUGAAACAGUGACACACUGUAAGGGAAGAUCGGAGACCCGAGAGCUGUCGUAUCAGGAAGUGACAUUUUGACGGACAUCCUAUAGAUUGCGAGGACACUUCCACAACAUCAGCUCGACCGCACCUGUGUUGUCACGCAUUGUUCAAUAACAGGGCAGAUGACCUAGACCGUACUACGCUAACAGUCAUCAAGAUGCUGAAGGUUAAAGAGGUGGGCAACCACCAGACAGAGGAGGCCCCUUUCGUGUCACAGGAGCCACAGACGCGUGUGAUUGAGGUGGAAGGCUCCAAGGUGAGCAGUCCCUAUCAUUUCCUCAGUUACCCCACCAUCAAGAAGUUUGGUGGUGCUAUGACGGUCAUAGGCGCAGCAUUUAUCUGCAUCAGUGGGUUGACAAUCGUGGACAUCUUCGGAGUAGAAAUAUACGUGUUUUAUCUCCCGGGAUUGGCGGUGAUUUUGGCGGGCUCUUUCGGUAUAUCUGCUUCCAAGGUGAAAUGGAGAAAACUCAAGAAAGGUUUGGUGAUUGUGACUGUCAUUUUAUCAAUCUGCGCGAUAAUAGGGGCGCUGUACUCAUUAGUAACUGCUGUGCAGAUUAUGAUAAGGACCUACGCCGGGAAAAUUGACAUUUUGUUUGUUUUGAGGAUAGGUGUUGCAGUGGUUGUCAUAGUCAUUGCUGGUAUGAUGUUGGCAAUCGCCCUCGACUCCCUGCUGUGCGGUAGACACCGACCAGGCUACUCCACCGUGGUUAGGUUGGUGUGCAAGGCAGAGGAUAUAGAGAUGGACCAACUAGACGGUGUGAACUAUAACAUGCACAGCGGGUCACAUGAUCAUUCGCGACACAAUGGUCAUCAGCGUAAUCACCUUGGCAACGGCUCACCACGCCCCCAUCACCAUGGCAACCACUCGCCUCGGCCGCAUGGAAACAAGUCACCGCGUCACCAUGGUAACCACUCGCCUCGUCCCCAUGGUGACCGGUCACCACGUCACCACUCGCCUCACCACCAUGGCGACCAGUUAACACCUCUGAACGGAUAUAACGAUGGGCAUGGUGAUCAAAAACAUUGUAAUCAACUCGGUGGUCAUCCUAAAGAUAAGCAACAUCAUCAUCAUCAUCAUCAUCAUCAUCGCCAUCACCGCCAUCAACGCGAAUACAUCACAACGGAGAAGACGUAUUCUGGUCUUGAGCGUAUGGCGUCGCUGGACCAUUCCACCGACCACAAGGCAGUGAACGAACACCAUGAUAGUGGAUGGGACGUGGUCAACAAAAUGUGAUUUGAAUUUCGAAUAAGGUUGACCUACAAACCGAUUGGGUACGGUGGGGACAACUAGGGCGUUGACAUGCAGACUCUUAUGGAGCGUUUCUGUAAAUCUUCCAUUCUUGGAAACACACUCGUUUGAUUUGGAAACAAUGCCUUUUCUUUAUCAUUCAAGACAUACUCAUUUGCUGGCAAUUUAUUGUAUCACUAACAUUAGAUCACAUUCCCAAAUACUGUACAGUUGGCUCGGAUUCACGUCACGGCUUUCAAUGUUGCGUACAUCUGUUUCAAAGUUGCGAGGAUAUCGGGACGGCUCUUAGCUGAUUUUACUUUAGGAUACCUAUCGUAAGAAAAUAUGAAGGGCAUCUGGGGAUCUGUGUGCCCAUGAACUGUAUCAAGAGAAAAUGAAGCAGAGGAUGGUCAAUGCGGGUAUUACCGGUGCAUGACGGCGUUCGUCUAUGACCUAACUGUAAGGA